CAAAAAACCUAACCUUGAAGAACAAAACAUCGCCGCCCACUCCUUCUCUGCUCUCACUCUCUACACAUUGCCCAAAGGAAGAAGAAGAUGGAAAGGAUCAAACUUUCUUUCCCAGCGGACACUCCACCACUUUCAGUCAUCGCUGCUCUCCAUAUCUCAUCCUCUCCGGUGACCAUUGACUCCUCCUCCGCCGCAACCACCGUCCCUACUCUCGUAUUCUCCGACGGGAGGAAACUGAGUGGGACUCCCGUUCUUCUCCGCUACGUUGCUCGAUCAGCUCCCUCGCUUCUUCCUGACUUCUACGGCCGCGAUGCCUUUGAAUCUUCUCAGAUUGAUGAGUGGUUAGAUUACGCUUCUGUCUUCUCCUCUGGCUCAGAGUUCGAGAAUGCUUGCUCUCGCGUUGAUAACUACCUUCAGAGUUCCACCUUUCUUGUCGGCUACUCUCUUACCAUUGCCGAUGUUGCCGUUUGGUCUGCUCUUUCUGGAUCCGGUCCAAGAUGGGAGAGUUUGAGGAAAUCCAAAAAGUAUCAGAACCUCGUUAGAUGGUUCAACUCGAUAUCGCUCGAAUACGCCGAGCCUCUCAGCAAGGUAGCAGCGUAUACCGUGAAGAAAGUCUCAGGGAAGCCUGUUGCUACUGCAUCAUCAAAACAAGCAGAUGCUAAUAAUAAUGAUAAAGGAGGUAAACCUGAAGUGGACUUGCCUGGUGCAGUAAUGGGAAAGGUCAGGCUCCGGUUCGCUCCCGAACCGAGCGGUUAUCUCCACAUCGGACACGCGAAAGCAGCCUUGCUGAACAAGUACUUCGCCGAGAGGUACCGAGGGGAAGUGAUCGUGCGUUUCGACGACACUAACCCUGCUAAAGAGAGCAACGAGUUCGUCGACAACCUCGUCAAGGAUAUCGGUACCUUGGGGAUCAAGUAUGAGAGAGUGACCUACACUUCUGAUUAUUUCUCUGAACUCAUGAGCAUGGCGGAGAAGCUGAUGCGUGAGGGGAAGGCUUACGUGGACGACACGCCGAGGGAGCAGAUGCAGAAAGAGAGGAUGGAUGGGAUUGAUUCCAAGUGUAGGAGCCAUAGCGUUGAGGAGAAUCUCAACCUAUGGAAGGAGAUGAUUGAAGGAAGCGUGAGAGGGUUACAGUGCUGCGUCCGUGGGAAGUUAGACAUGCAAGAUCCUAACAAAGCGAUGCGUGAUCCUGUUUAUUACAGAUGCAACCCUAUGCCUCAUCACCGUAUAGGGAACAAGUAUAAGAUAUAUCCAACGUAUGACUUUGCUUGCCCGUUUGUUGAUUCCAUCGAAGGUAUAACGCAUGCUCUUCGGUCUAGUGAGUAUCACGACCGGAAUGCUCAGUACUAUAAGGUUCUUGAGGACAUGGGGCUGAGGAGAGUUGAGAUUUAUGAGUUUAGUAGGUUGAAUCUUGUUUACACUCUUUUGAGUAAGAGGAAGCUUCUCUGGUUUGUUCAGCAGGGUUUGGUUGGUGGGUGGGAUGAUCCACGCUUCCCUACGGUCCAAGGCAUUGUCCGUAGAGGUUUGAAGAUAGAGGCUCUGAUUCAGUUCAUUCUCGAGCAGGGUGCUUCUAAGAAUCUGAACUUGAUGGAGUGGGACAAGCUCUGGUCUAUUAACAAGAAGAUCAUCGAUCCUGUGUGUCCUAGACAUACGGCUGUGGUUGAAGAGAGGAGUGUGCUGUUGACGUUGAGUGAUGGUCCUGAUGAGCCGUUUGUCCGUUUGAUACCGAAGCACAAGAAGUUUGAAGGUGCUGGAGAGAAGGCUACCACGUUUACCAAGAGGAUAUGGUUGGAAGGGGCUGAUGCGAGUGUUAUCUCUGUUGGUGAGGAAGUGACUCUGAUGGAUUGGGGAAAUACUAUUGUGAAAGAGGUUACUAAAGACGAGGAGGGUCGUGUCACUGCGUUAUCUGGCGUCUUGAAUCUCCAAGGAUCUGUGAAGACUACAAAGCUGAAGCUCACUUGGCUGCCUGAGAUUAAUGAGUUGGUCAAGCUUACAUUAACAGAUUUUGAUUACUUAAUCACUAAGAAGAAGCUGGAGGAAGAUGAUGAGGUUGCUACAUUUGUGAAUCCUUACACGAAGAAGGAAACGUUAGCACUUGGUGAUUCGAAUAUGAGGAGUCUGAAGAGUGGAGAUGUGAUUCAGCUUGAGAGGAAAGGCUAUUACAGAUGUGAUGUUCCUUUUGUCAAGCCAUCCAAGCCCAUUGUCUUAUUCUCAAUUCCAGAUGGAAGGCAACACCAACCAUUAACGGCUAAGUGAAAAGAAUGAGACGCACAACAAGAACAAACUCUUUUUCAUUGAUUUUUGUUUAAAAAUGUUUCCAGACUUUAAUCUUUUCUUAAUGUUUUACAAUUAGAGCUCAAAAAGGAAGACAAAGAUUAUGUUUAUUUCU